AUGGCAUUGCUAACGGGUGUCCAAGCAGAUGGGUCGGUUCUACCAGAGUCUGAAAAAGUCUUCAGCAGGCCUCUGCGAAUGGAACAAGAGAUCAAUGAGCAGCUCAACACAUCAGCCCUAAACACAGCCUUGGCCUUUGAACCUUACCGUGACCUUGCCACCAGAGCCAACUCCACGCCCGGUGUCCAGAUCCAGCACAACAUCUUGUUCUCGCCCUUGGGCCUGGCAUCUGCUCUGGCCCUGCUGUCCCAAGUGACUGGGUCCGAGAGUCGGAGCCAGGCCCUGGAGGCCUUGGGGCUGGCAGCCAACUCUACAGAGCAGAGCUUGGAAGCCACCAUAUCUGCUCUCACAGAUCUGCAACACAGCCUCGCUCUCCAGGAGGGUGGGGGCGACAAUGGGGUGCAAAGGGCAGAGUCCGCAGGCGAAACUGAAGUUGGGAUUGGGGCCACACGAGAGGGGGACAUCGGAGGGGCAGAUGCUGGAGACAGAGCCGAUGUAGAUAAUGUUUUAGAGGCGAGAAAUGGAACUGAGGAUGGGGUUCAUCCUGGCGUUCAGUUAAGACUUUGGAACAGCCUACAUGUUGAUGGGAAACCUUUACUAGACUAUGACAGCUUUUUGUCCAGGCCUCAGCAAACUGGACCCUCCGCCUUUAACAUCAGCUUAGACACGUUGAUGAAAGACUUGGAAGCCUCUGAUAAACUUGAAUUUAGCAAUUAUGUGUAUUUCAAAGGUCGUCUGCCAUUUGAGAAGCUCCACACACUGCCACGAAGCUUCCAGCUGAACGCCACCAGCAGCGUGGAGGUCUCCAUGAUGUUCAGGGACGACUCUUCUGAGGUGAUGAUGCUGUACGACACCAACUGCUCGGCCACAGUGGUGCGGCUGGAGUAUUCAGAGCGCCUGGCCUCGUUGCUGCUGCUCCCUAAAGCCGAGCUGCAGCCGCUGGAGGACUGCCUCUCCGACAGCCGCAUGAGCUUCUGGCUCAGCAACCUGAAGCCGGGACGGGCAGAAAUCCUUUUCCCUAAGUUCCAUCUAAGGAAAUCCUACAAUUUGGACAGCCUCCUGAGGAACUCUGGGGUAUCAUCUAUUUUCUCGGACUCAGCCGAUUUUGCAAGAAUAUCACGGAAGACGCUGAAACUCGUCAAAGCUCCUCAUGAGGUUAUGCUGGAGGUGGAAGAAACCGAAUCAGAUGACGGGGGGAGGCCUGACAUACUGCUGGACUUCUCUGUCCCCCCGAGGAUCACCUUUAACAGACCAUUCAUGCUCAUAAUCUAUGACGAUCUCACGGGGCUCAUCCUGUUAAUGGGGAGAAUUAUCGAUCCAACAGAAGUCUAG